AUGCCAGGGGACCACGGCUCCAAGGUCGACAUCUCCUUCGCCGGCCGCUUCACCGCCAGCGCCAUCGCAGCAUGCUUCGCAGAGAUAUGCACCAUCCCGCUCGACACCGCCAAGGUCAGGCUCCAGCUGCAGAAGAACGUCGUCGCCGCUGCCGCAGGGGACGCCGCGCCAGCACUCCCCAAGUAUCGCGGCCUGCUCGGAACCGCCGCCACCAUCGCUAGGGAGGAAGGGGCCGCAGCGCUAUGGAAGGGCAUCGUCCCGGGCCUCCAUCGACAGUGCAUUUACGGGGGCCUCCGCAUUGGCCUCUACGAGCCUGUCAAAUCCUUAUACGUCGGCAAAGACCAUGUUGGAGAUGUCCCUUUGUCCAAGAAGAUAGCCGCCGCCUUCACAACUGGUGCCAUCGCUAUCAGCAUCGCCAACCCCACUGACCUUGUCAAGGUCAGGCUCCAGGCUGAGGGCAAGCUUGCGCCUGGUGUGCCACGCCGCUACACUGGCGCAAUGGAUGCUUAUUCCAAGAUUGCUAGACAGGAAGGGAUUGCUGCUCUGUGGACUGGCCUAGGACCAAAUGUAGCGCGGAAUGCUAUCAUCAAUGCUGCUGAGUUGGCCAGUUAUGAUCAAGUCAAGCAGACAAUUUUGAAACUCCCUGGGUUCAAAGAUGAUGUGGUCACCCACCUCUUUGCUGGUCUUGGUGCUGGCUUCUUUGCUGUUUGUGUUGGUUCCCCAGUUGAUGUGGUUAAGUCAAGAAUGAUGGGUGACUCAGCCUACAAAAGCACUCUCGAUUGUUUUGUGAAGACACUUAAGAAUGAUGGCCCUUUGGCAUUUUACAAAGGCUUCCUGCCAAACUUUGCAAGACUGGGAUCUUGGAAUGUGAUUAUGUUCUUGACAUUAGAGCAGGUUCAAAAGCUUUUUGUGAGGAAACCGGCAAGCUGA